CGGAGACGAAAGCCCCCCGCUGAGCGGAGGAGGAGGUGGAGGUGGGAGCUCCAGCGGCCCUGGCGGAGGCAGAGCUCGUGGGGGGGGAUUUGGAGGCCGUGGCGGGCCGAGAGGAAGAGGAGGCAUGGGGUGAGUGUGUGACGAGAACCCGGGGGCCAUGUUGUCAGUACCCACGGGUUACAAGGUCAACUCAUGACCCCCCCCCCGGCCACCCCCUCAAAAACACACACACGUGCUUUUGAGAAGAGGUUGUUGCGUGUGCAGAGAGCGCUGCACAGAUGUUUGUAGCAGGAGGUCAGGAGGUCACACUGAGUUCUGCUCCACGACCAAGAGACGAGGACACGAACCUCUACGAUCUGUAAAAGCUGCUGCCUUCUGCCAGAGGGAUUUGUGGGGGGGCACCAUCGAUGUGUUUAUUAGCGAACAGUCGACCCGCCCCCCCCAGCCCAUCGUGUUUAUUUGUUGGAUGUUUAUGGUAGCGAUCUAUAACCCUAAAAAGAAUACAUGCCCCCCAGUUGUGGAAGAGGAACCAGCUGUAAAAUACCCAAAAAUAAAGUAGUUCUCGACCUGAAGGCCUGAGGUGACGUUGGGUUUGGAUCAAAGCUCCUUGAGGCUCAACGGCACUCAGGCAGCCAUCUGAUCAUCGACAACCAAAGUUCCAGUGAUGAAACGUUAGUGAUGGAUCCUUCAGUGAAAGUUCCAAAAACACUAACUGGAGGCUUCUAAACGACACCACGACUACGUCACUUCCCAUACACUCAUACACUGUCUAUGGACCAUCUCUCAUCUCAGGGACCUCCUCACACAGCCCAUGUUGUGGAUGUUCUAAAGUUGCAUUGCACCUCGCACCUUCUAAGUUGUCCAGAAGAGCCUGAAGCCAAAAGGCUGCUCCCACACGUGUCUCUUUGUCUGAAAGCUGUGGCCCCCCCCUCCCUCUACACCAAGCAUUCCCAUCACCUGCCUCUCUCACCUGUCACCACCCCCCUCCCAACCAGCACCCUCUGUGUCAUGCUAUGCUUUAAUCAAUCUUUGAAUCUUCUCCUAGGCUCUUACCUUCUCUCCAGGCUGGCUUUCUAAUCUAAAGCCAUCAUUGGGACAAUUAGAAAAGGGGAAGUCCACAGAGAGUAGUGGAGGAGGUCAUGAGAACAGCCCCCCAGGUAGAAGGUGUUGACGUUUGACACAGAAGAAGCAGAUUAUGCCAUGAAAUAAAGUAGGUCGCUCAAAGACCUGAACACAACACGACAUGGUCUUUAAAGCGUCUCGUCCUGGAGGUGUAUGGAGGACGUGGGGUGGUGGGGGGGGUCAGAGUGAAGGUUACCCACAACCCACUGAGAGAAACCGCUGUCAGCGCCAGCCUUCAAUGUCCUUCCGCUCUCCUCCUCAUCAGAAUGGCCGAUCGUGGAGGAUUCGAUAAGUUUGGUGGUAAGUGACAAAAGAAAAGAGAUCAACACAAACAGUUUUGUUAAGUUUAAGCAGUCAAAGCUGAAAGGAGGGGGGGAAAAGAGUGAAUGACCAGCAGGGGGAGCUAAAGGCUCUUCUAUGGUGUCUGUGAUGGGGAACACGAGGGAGGUCAAACCUAGAGAAUUACCCACAAGCCAUUGCAAUGUGAAGUUGAAAAGCGGAAUGAGCAGUGAAAGACGAGGAGGAGGCACACGGAUUGUCAUAUUCAAAGUAUUAAAGACAGAGAAAAACAUGAAAUCAGCCCAUAUUCAUAAAUUAUUACAUUUUAUAAUCAAAGCACUUUUGACAAAAAACAGUAAAGCAUUAUUUAAAAUGACCUCAUGGUAUGAGGAGAGCCCCUUCAUAUUUACACCAUCUAAAGCCCUCAAAGACUCUCACUGGGGGACGGGGGGACACUGUGUCUCCGGGUGGUGAAACCUGCAGAGUUCGACGAUAAAGAGCGACACACACACAACAAAAACAACAUCGCUGGGGUUGAAUGUUUAAGAACUGGUUUUAUUGCACAAACGUGGAACUUUAUCUGUAAGUGGAAUUGCGGUGAAUGGAAGGAAUGUUUGAAAGGAACCAAACAGAACAAUGAGCACAUGUUUGAGCCGCACCCGGACAGCUCGCGCUUAUUUUGUUAAUAACGGAGGGACCCCUGCAGACACAGCGGCAUCAUGGGUAAUGGGUCCGAACCCAGCGGCUCAAGCACCAUCGAUUCAAAGUUACAUUGAGAACUCGGUCAAAUGGAUCGAAACACCUAUUAAUGGCAGUAUAUAAUGUGUGUGUGUGUGUGUUGGAGGGCGCUAGGGUACGCCGGAGGGUUGCACAGAGGUCAGAGGUCACCAGGCUCGGUACACGUCCUAAAGGGGCUCUCUGUCCGCAGCACAGCAGCUCUGUAUCCACGCCAUUAGGUCAGAGGUCAGCCUCCUGCACACUGUGUCUCAGGCGCUCACCGUGACUCAAACGGCCCGACGCAAGAAGGUGUGUCACCUCUGGAAUGGUGAUGUUUGCUUGGAACCGAGCCGUCAGGUCGGUUGAGGAGCGGCAUUCCUCCGUGUGGGGGUGUUUUGGAGCUUGUCAUGGAGCUUUUGACUCUUGGGCGUUAAAAAUAGAAAAACACACCUGUACCAGCUGUCUAUGGAGCAGCUGGACCUCUAUUAGCUCCUCUUGUAGUACUUUGUAGUUUGAGGUUCUGCUCCUGCGGGUUGGUGCACUUUGUCGACUCUUUGCAUAACGCCUCAGCGGAUGAAACGCCAUGUAAAAGGAACAGUUCAGAUCGGACGCCCUCGCGUCGCCUUGACGAUGGUGUAACACAGUGCCUUGAAAUGCUUCCUAGCCGGAGAUUACCCAGGGUCCUUUGCUCCCAUGUGUGGAGAACAAUGAGUGAGUGAAACGAGUGGCCAGCUGGAGGGUUCCACAGAGGGUGAAGUGCGUGUGAACGAAACACAUGUAGAUGUAAAACAUGAACAGAGCCAGAGGGAGGCUCUGAAAGGUGGUGUAAAUAAAGGUGUAGCAUCAAGAUGUAGAUCAACAAGAAGACCGGCCUGCCGAUGAUCAACCUGUAUGCGGACAGGGAGUCGGGGUAGUUGAAGGGAGAGGCCACGGUGUCCUUCGACGACCCCCCCUCGGCCAAGGCCGCCAUCAACUGGUUUGACGGGAAGGACUUCUGUGGGAAUCCCAUCAAGGUGACCUUCGCCACCCGCAGAGCUGACUUUGGCGGCCGAGGGGGGGGCAGGGGGGGGGCGAGGACGAGGAGGUCCGAUGGGGCGGGGGGGGAUUCGGAGGAGGGCAAGGUGGAGGAUUCCCAGGAGACAACGGGGGCAAUGGAGGAGGACAACAGAGAGCCGGAGACUGGAAGUGUACAAACCUAAACUGUGACAACCUGAACUUCUCGUGGCGUAACGAGUGCAACAAGUGCAAAGCCCCGAAGCCCAAGGAGGCAGAAGGAAUCUCCUUGAUGGAGAGAGGAGCUUUCGGAGGAGGAGAACGCUGGGGAGGGUUUGACCGCGGCGGCUUAAGGGGCCGCGGAGGCGAGCAUGGUGGCUUCAGAGGAGUUAGAGGCUGCGUGCGGGGAGGAUUCAGCCCUGGGAAGAUGGACGCGAGGGGCGACCACAGACAGGAGCGGCGAGGCCGUCCCUACUAACCACCCCCCCCCACCCCAUCCAGCCUCCAGCCCAGAGACCCCCCCCACAUCCAGCCUCCAGCCCAGAGACCGCCCCCGCUCUUUGGUAAACUCAGAUUCUUUUCUUUGUGAGUAGAAGAAUGUGACCCUCCCUCUGGUCUGUUUGCUGAUCAACAGCCACACGUAUGACACAUGGAUGUUUUGGACCCCCUGUGUCACUCAUUAAAAUCCAUCCCAACCUUCUAGAAGGAGAUGUGUCCAUGUUAUGCUUUUGAAUAAGUGAUGAGUCAUCGUGCUUCUAAUGGCCGAUUAUGGUCAUGAUCGUAUUAAUUGACACACCUGGACUCCUCCUCUCAACCCCUGGAACCAUGUGGGUAAUUCAGAGAACAGGAAACAAAACCAGAACCUGUUUUACAUCUAUUUUCUUUUAAUAGGCGGGACUGUCUCAUGUUCAGUAUCACUGUAGAACAAGAAGGAGACGUUUGAACCUCACGUGUUUUUAUUCAUCAGUAGUAUUUUGUAUUGUGCAAGUGCUGGUUUUCAAAUGAAAAGAGUUGAUGAAAAAAUUGUUAUUUGCUUUCUGCAGCUUUUAUACUUUUGGUUAUGCAGGAAGUUGUUGCUUCUCCUCAGUCUGUAAGUGGGCGGCGCUUCAUGCAUCGUCGACUUUAAAUUCUCAGAGAUUAUGUCAUCAAUGUGGAUUCACUGCAUAGAGCGGAGUGAUAGGAAGAGAGUUUAAUAAAACAUUCUAGAACCAUUAAGUCUCUCAUGUUUUAAUUAGUUUUGGUUCCCUGACGAACUUCAGAGAACUACGUCAUCUUGAAAUCUUGUUGACUUCUACACCAAAGAUGAGCGACAGAAUAAAAAAUAACAAAUUUCACAUUACAGCGCUCUGUUAGCUUUUGUCCUUGUUCAAACUACUUUUAUUACAUCAUCAAUUUACAAAUGUUUUCUGAGCCAUCCUUCAAUAAAAAUAAGGAAGAAGAAUCCAGCAUGUCACCCCACCCCCACAUCUCGCUAAACUGGUCCCAAGAGGAUGAUCAUGACCACUUUGGUUUCCCUCUGUUUGAGGGUCCAUAAUGAGAUUCAGGGUCCCGGAGGUUGAACUGGUGGGAUUCUUCUGGUGAUCAGUGUUUUAUUGUGGAAUCAGUCUCCAUAAACUUGCUUCCUUGUCCUUGAAGCUGGACAUAAAGAGACCACAUCCUUGUGAAAUGAGUGGAGGUGUGUUGGGAAAAGUUCCGGUGACAUUACUGAUAGGCAGAAACCGGUGGGGCAAGGGGCGUGUCCUCGGUCAGGUGUGCAUGUGAUGGAGGAGGAGCAAAGAAGCCUAUUUAUGCAGAAGCACACCUGGUGAGGAGCACCUUUCAGUCAUGGCUCUCUAUAAAGUGAUCGCCGUGGCAACCCUGCUGACCGCGCUGACUCCAGAGUCCCUCUCACAGCUCGCUGUCUGCGGUCGGCCCCCACUCAACACUCGCAUUGUGGGGGGGCAGGUGGCCCCUGUGGGCAGCUGGCCCUGGCAGGCCAGUCUGACACGGUUUGGGAGUCACUUCUGUGGGGGGUCGCUGAUCAACAAUCAAUGGGUGCUGACUGCUGCUCACUGCUUCCAACCACCCAGCACCAACAACCUAGUGGUGUACCUGGGCCGCCAGAACCAGCAGACCCCCAACCCCAACGAGGUGUCGAGGGCAGUGUCGAGAAUCAUCAAUCACCCCGAUUACAACUCGGCAACCAACGACAACGACAUCACCCUCCUCCAGCUGACCUCGCCGGUGUCCUUCACCAACUACAUCCAGCCCGUCUGCCUGGCGGCACGCGGCAGCAGUUUCUACAGCGGCAUCAACGCCUGGGUCACCGGCUGGGGCACCAUCCGCUCUGGAGUUCCCCUUCCGUUCCCACAAGCCCUGAUGGAGGUGGAGGUGCCCAUCGUGGGGAACAGACAGUGCAACUGUGACUACAGAGUGGGCCCAAUCACAGACAACAUGAUCUGUGCCGGGCUGCGUACUGGAGGGAAGGACUCCUGUCAGGGGGACUCGGGCGGUCCGCUGAUGAGCCAGCAGGGCGGCGUCUGGGUCCAGGAGGGGAUCGUGAGUUUUGGAGAAGGUUGUGCUUUGCCCAAUUUCCCUGGAGUCUACACCAGGGUGUCCCAGUACCAGUCGUGGAUCAACAGCCAGAUCUCCAGCAACCAGCCGGGCUUCAUCGUCUUCACCUCCACCGGCACCGACAACGACCUCAGCGUCACCUGCCCCGGCCUGCCUCCGCCCCCGACCACAGCGCCCCAACCGGUGGUCUGCGGCAGCGCCUCCCUGAACUCCCGUCUGUUGGGGGGGGGCUCCGUGGCCUCGGCGGGGGUGUGGCCCUGGAUGGCGAGCCUGCAGAAGAACGGGAGCCACGUGUGCGGCGGGACCCUGGUGGGCGAGGACGCCGUGCUGAGCGACUCCGGCUGCUUCUCCAGCCCCCCCUCUCCGUCCGAGUGGACCGUGGUGCUGGGCCGGCUGAAGCAGAACGGGUCCAACCCCUUCGAGGUGACCCUCAACGUGACCAACAUCACCAUGAGCAACCUGAACGGGUCCAACGUGGCGGUGCUGAAGCUGGCCCGCCGGCCCGUCCUGUCCUCCUACAUCCAGCCCAUCUGCCUGGACAACGGACGCACCUUCGCCGUGGGCUCCAUGUGCUGGGCCGCCGGAUGGAACGCCGGGCGAGGAGGAGUGGAACAAGUUCUGCAGGAGUUCCAGACCUCAGUGGAGAACUGUGGGAACGCGUCGGCGUCCGGAGAGACCAUCUGUACCGGGACCUUCACCCUGGAGCAGGGGGACAUUGGGGGUCCACUGAUGUGUAAGCUGGAUGGCUCCUGGUUCCAGGCAGCGGUGUUAACCUCUGGAAACACCACCGGGCAGACGCGAGCACCCGUGAUGGUGUUUCCCAAGCUGAGCCGCUUCCAGAACUUUCUGCGUGAGACGGUGGGCUUCUUGUCACCCUCCACCAACACCACGGCCUCCAGCGGGGAUCACGUUGCUCACUCCCCCUCCUUCUUCUUCUUCCUCCACUUGCUUGUGUUCUCCGUUUGUCUUCCCCUCUUCCUGUAGGAGCCUCCACCCUCCUUAUGUUAGGCUAAUGUUGACUGCUGAGGUGAGCUGAGUCAUCUUGGAAACCCCUCGUGACCGGCGGGGAGGGGAGGGGGGGGGGGGGGGGGGGGGCGUAAUGAAGCCAGACAGAGGGGAGCAGACGUAGCAAAUGUAAAUGUGGUAAGAAAAUAAUAGAAUUGUGGAAUGAGACAAAAGGCUAAACAUUAUAAUAUGACUUUACUCUGAAAGACGGCAACCUCCAUCUGACCUCACUGAUCCAUCACCUCUACUUCCUGUUGAAGGACAUAAAACAUAAAACUACUUCCUGUUUUUUCUAAGGAGCAAAAGACCCACUUCCUGUCUAUUGAAGGACAUAAAACUACUUCCUGUUUUUUCUAAGGACCAAAAGAUCCACUUCCUGUCAGUUCCAAAAACAUAAAACUACUUGUUCUGAGGAACCAAAAUAUCCACUUCCUAUCUGUUCUAAGAACAUGAAACUACUUCCUGUUUGUUCUAUGGACCAAAAGAUCCACUUCCUGUCUGUCUUAAAAUAUAAAACUACUUCCUGUUUUUUCUGAGGACAGAUUUUGAUAUCUGAAAUGAAGAAUUAAGUUGCACUGAAUAAAUGUCCCUGUUUUUAUUGUUAUUUUUUAUUGUUAUUGGUGAAAUCUUUGUUAUACGUGAUUUUUGUGCUCUGGUGAUAAUUUGGAUUGAUUUUAGAAUAUAAUGAUGUAGCGUAAUGCUCUGAAAUCUAAAGGGAGAUCAUACUCAUUGAUUACAUUACUAUUGAUUAUUACUUCACUAGAUCUGAAGAACAGACGAUGAGCUACCUGUCAAUCAUCUUCCUUACAUUAUCUGAAGUGUCGUAUCUACCUGAGGCCGCAUUAACAGACACAAAUGUCCUUUAUGUUAUUCGCUCUGAAGAUUGAAUGUGAAAACACUUCUUCUGCUUUUAAUGAAGAGACGGCUGACUACCGAGAUGCAUUGAACAUCUCCUGGAUACCAGAGACCACAGGGACAAUCGGGAUCAAUGUGAUGGUUUUUUUAUUUACUGGAUCAGACCAAACAAAAACCAAUAAACAUAUCCUGUUUGGUUAUUCAAUUAAAUCAUUUUUCAUAAAAAAUAUGAUAUCACGAUAUGUACUUUAUAAUCUGUAAAGAAAAACGUUUUAAACAGAUAAUGAAUAAGAGCCUUCAGCAUGUGACACGCUGCUCAGCUAACGAUGUUGAAUAGACCUCAUACUCCUACUUUUUUUUCAUUCUCCAUCAACGUAUGCUGUUUUUAUUAAGUUUUUUAAUUAAAUUUGUUUUUUAUUUAUAGGCCUGUCUAAAUUAACACAUUAAUCCAUGCAAUGUAAGAUAAAUGCAAUAAAAUAUUUUAAUCCCCGUUACAAGGGUCACCUUUGUUUACUUACGGCAAACCGGAAGUAAACAACAAUGACCCGGUAACGAAACCGCCGCUAGGCUGUAGUUGAAGAUGGAGAUAGCUUUUUGCAUUGAAACAAGCAAAGGAAUUCGUCCACGUGUCAAACAUAACUGGGAUGAGUGGAAAACACUUUACAAGCUAACUGCACAGCUAAGCUAGCUGCUAGGCUACAUCAUUGUCAAAAUCUACCCUGCGCUGCACACGAUCUGAAGAGUACCACCACUGUUGACCUUCCAGUCAGUGGUUGGCAUAAGGAGUGAGAAUGGUAUUCAAUACUAUUGAUAGAUUUACCAUUCUUGUUUGGUAAAUUAUGAGAUCUCACAACUUUCUUGUCUCUGUUUCUACCAGACUGUGACCCCUGGAUUUUGGCCAGAAUCAAAGGUUGCUACCCAGUAUGAGUUUUAAUUAUUUUCAUUUAAUGUAAUUUGACACUUUCUAUUCACUGUAACAUUUUGGUCUGUCUUAUUUGAACAAUAUGAAAUAUUAUUAUAUCAUAUAUUCUAACAUGUUGAGAUCAUAUAAUAUAUUAUUCGGCAUUUGUUUGUGGUUUGCAAAAGAAUGUUU